UUUUACGUCACGAUAUUGCGUCAACAAAAGAAAAAUAAAGUCUUGAAGUGAAAGAUACGUUACCGGAGUUUUAAAACUUUUGAAGCUUUUAAUUUCAAAGUUCAAUCUAGAUGGUUGUUGUAUAAUCCACGUUUUGAAGAUGGAUGAUCGGUAUUACGAAGUUACUGCUGAACUGGAUCCUAGAGAGAUAUUAAGGUAUCUCAAUAAUUUGGGCAUUCACAAUAUAAGUGGCGAGGUCCUCAAGUAUUUUAUUACAGAUUUAAAGAAGCUAAUAAAACAUGAUCUUCAACAACAACAACAAAAAAACUUAAGUAGCCAAGAUAAGUAUGAAAUACCAGGACCUGAGCGGCUUCACAGUGCCAGUACGUUUUGCUCGCGUCUCAGAUCAAAGGGGCAAGAUACUACCUCUAUGAAGUGUACAAGAGAAUGUCCAAAUACCCAAAGGAAAGUGACUCAUGUCAGGAAUGUUCAUUCCGCACCCAACUUGGGGCCACAGAAAACUGAUGAAAAGCCUCUUCGAAGGGCUUGUUCUUGUGUGAGAGUUGAAAAAAAGCCAGAAGUAGUAAAAGAAAGAAGUACACCUUGUUCUACCAGUAAUAAUUUAAUAAAAGUUCCUAUACAACCAACAAAGAAAAAGUGUGACCCGGUCACAUUGUACCACUAUUAUACCACUCUAUGGAACAAAUACAAAUCCAAUGUCCCUGGUGAGAAUGAUUGGUCUGACAUCAGGUGGAGCAUCAGACAGAAAAUGGCUGGAAAUGUUGCUAAACAGACUUCAGUUAAUAAGGUUCCCGUAUCUCAAAGAGACAAGGAACGGGGCAAAACAAAAUCCUGACAUCCUGAAAUAAGGAAUCUCUAUUAUUUUGCUUUUGCCAAUCAACUUUGUUUUUAAUUUGUAUAGAUAUAAAUAAAUAAAAUAAGUAUUUUUUCA